AUGGAGUCCCUCUUCCCUGCCCCGUUCUGGGAGGUCCUCUACCAGGAGCACCUGCAGGGCAACCUGUCUCUCCUGAGCGCCAACCACAGCCUGCUGCCCCCCCACCUGCUGCUCAAUACCAGCCACGGCGCCUUCUUGCCCCUUGGGCUCAAGGUCACCAUUGUGGGGCUCUACCUGGCUGUGUGCAUCGGGGGGCUGUUGGGAAACUGCCUCGUCAUACACACCAAGAUGAAGACAGCUACCAACAUUUACAUCUUUAAUCUGGCCCUGGCAGACACUUUGGUGCUGCUGACCCUGCCCUUCCAGGGCACAGAUGUCCUCCUGGGCUUCUGGCCAUUUGGAAAUGCCCUGUGCAAGACAGUCAUUGCCAUCGACUAUUACAACAUGUUUACCAGCACCUUCACGCUGACUGCCAUGAGUGUGGACCGCUAUGUGGCCAUCUGCCACCCUAUCCGCGCCCUCGACGUCCGGACAUCCAGCAAGGCCCAGGCCGUCAACGUGGCCAUCUGGGCCCUGGCCUCCGUUGUCGGUGUUCCUGUUGCCAUCAUGGGCUCGGCACAGGUUGAGGAUGAAGAGAUCGAGUGUCUGGUGGAGAUCCCCACCCCACAGGAUUACUGGGGCCCCGUGUUUGCCGUCUGCAUCUUCCUCUUCUCCUUCAUCAUCCCCGUGCUCAUCAUCUCCAUCUGCUACAGCCUGAUGAUCCGGCGGCUGCGUGGCGUCCGCCUGCUCUCAGGCUCCCGGGAGAAGGACCGGAACCUGCGGCGCAUCACGCGACUGGUGCUGGUGGUGGUGGCCGUGUUCGUGGGCUGCUGGACGCCUGUCCAGGUCUUCGUGCUGGUCCAAGGGUUGGGUGUCCAGCCGGGCAGUGAGACCGCGGUGGCCAUCCUGCGUUUCUGCACAGCUCUUGGCUACGUCAACAGUGGCCUCAACCCCAUCCUUUAUGCCUUCCUGGAUGAAAACUUCAAAGCCUGCUUCCGGAAGUUCUGCUGUGCAUCAACCCUGCGACGGGAGAUGCAGGUGUCUGACCGCGUCCGCAGCAUUGCCAAAGACGUGGCUCUCGCCCACAAGACCUCUGAGACAGUGCCGCGGCCAGCAUGA